AUGUUAAAUCAUCAAAAUUCAUUUUUAGCAACAGUCAUCAUCAUCUUUAUCAUUGCCCUUUGUUUAUUUAACAGAGUACUAGUAAAAGGAAGCAAUGAAAUAAUAUCACAUCAAUCUAAUCAACAGAUCAAUACAACUACAGGAUGUUCAAUGUAUGGUGUAGUAUUCCCUGGACCAUGGGGUACAAAUACAAGUAUAACUACUGAAAAGUAUUUUCAACCUUCUCCUGUAUCAGGAGGUAUACCAUCAGGAAUAUGUCCAUCACACCCAGAAUUUCAAUCAGAUUCAUGUUGUAGUCAACAACAAUUUAUAAUGUUGGGAGAUCAAAUGACAGCAGCACAAACUGUUUUUGGAAGAUGCCCAGCAUGUAUGGCAAAUCUAUGGGAUCUGUGGUGUGCUAGUGGAUGUUCACCCUACCAAGCAACGUUUAUGUUGAUCAAUCAAACGAGUAUCUUUCCUCAUAAUGGUGUCAAUUACACCAAAGUAACCUAUGCCACAUAUGUCAUUGAUCCAGUCUAUGCAGAAGGUAUCUAUAAUAGUUGUCGUGAUGUAUCUACAAGUGGAAAUGUACCAUUCGCCGUUCAAUAUCCAACGUAUAUAGACUUUUUUGUCAACUUUUUCGGUUCACAAAACCCACAAUUCAAAAUUGGCUUUAUCUUUGAUCCAAUCAAUGGAUAUAGAUCAACUGUUGCCGUUCAAAAUUGUACCUCUAGUUGUUCAUGUGCUAGUUGUCGUGAUCUAUGUUCUUUUCCAGGUGAAUAUGGUGGUUUCAAAAUGAUAAAUGAUUCAAUCAUUCCAAAUACUUAUUUAUUUAAUAGACAAAUACCAAUAUUAUCAGUUUGGUUUAUAUUUGGAUAUUAUUUAUUUUUAUUGACAUUAUUUACAUUAAUUUCAAUUUGGUGUCUUAAAAGAAUAUUAAUUAGAAGAAAGAAACUUUAUAUAGUCAUUGGAUUCAUUGUAAUGAUUUAUAUUUAUGUUUCUGCUAUUUUCUUGCCAGUCAUUUCUGGUAUUGUACCCAUAGAGUCUGAUAAAUGUAAUUAUCAAAUGCCAUAUGGUAGAGAUUGGUCAUGUGCUCUUGCUGUAACAUCAUUUACCUAUUCGUUGGUUGCUUUGGGUAUUAUGGCAGUGGUUACUGUCAUUUUAUACUUGCUCUAUCAAAGGGAACAAAAUCGUUUUGAUUUCCAAUUUAACAAACCCGGCGGUGCAAAUAUUAGAUUGGGUCAUCCAAGCGAUUUGGUAGAACCAUUCUCGGAAUCAUCACCAUUUAAAGAUAUUGGUAUUGAAGAUCCUAGUUUUGUUCAAAAAUUAUUCUUUUUACUUGGUCGCGUCGUUUCCAAUUAUCCAUUGGUCACCAUUGCUGCGUGUAUUGUAUUUACUGGUAUUUGUUCAAUUGGUAUUAAAUUCCUUCAAAUUGAAGAAGAUCCUGUCAAAUUGUGGGUUAGUCCAACUAGUCGUGCUGCCAUUGAAAAGGAAUAUUUCGAUAGUAACUUUGGUCCAUUUUAUCGUAUCGAACAACUCAUCCUUACCCCAACCGAUCCAAACAUAACUAUGAUUGGUAAUAAUCAAACAUUGAUUGCAGAAUUGGCACGUCUAGAAAUAGAAUUAAUGAAUCUCACCGUCAACUAUGAAAAUACUACCAUUUCACUGUCAAGUCUUUGUUUUGCACCAACUCAUCGUGGAUGUUUGGUUGAAUCGGUUACUGGAAUGUGGCAAAGAAAUUUACAACUCAUUGAACAAAUGGACUCUGACAGUUUUCAACAACAAAUGCAAACAUGUCUUGGUGAUCCAUUAAUGACUACUUGUAUGGAUGCUGUAGGUACACCAGUCAAUCCAGCAGUAGUAUUGGGUGGUUGGUCAGGUACACCAUCCGAGGCAAUGAAAGCAUCUGCCUUUAAUCCAGAUUCUCUUCAGAAUCAAGCCAUGGCAUGGGAAGAAGUUUGGUUACAAGCAGUUAAACAAUAUCAAUCAAACUCGAGUCGUCUAUUAAAUGUAGCAUUUUCUGCACAACGUUCUGUUCAAGAUGAAUUGUCAAGAGAAAGUUCUGCCGAUAUUUCAACCAUUCUCAUUUCCUAUUCUGUCAUGUUUGUCUAUGUUUCAGUUGCCCUUGGUAGAUUCUAUCCACCUCCUCAUCGUUUCCUUUCUUAUAUUGUCAAUUCAAGAUUUUCACUUGGUCUUGCUGGUAUUUUAGUGGUUGCAUGUUCAAUUGCCAUUUCAGUUGGUCUUUGUUCUUUUGGUGGCAUUAAAGCAACACUUAUCAUUUCAGAAGUGAUACCAUUUUUAGUUUUGGCAAUUGGUGUUGAUAAUAUUUUCAUACUAGUAAAUACUUUUGAAAAUCUACAUGUUACAUCGUAUGAUAAUACAACUCGGUUCUCAUCCAAACCACCCAUUCAAUUGACACUUGCUAGAGCCAUGGCAAGAGUAGGACCUUCAAUGGCAUUGGCAUCACUCUCUGAAUCAUUGGCAUUCCUUCUUGGUACUCUUACCAGAAUGCCUGCUGUAGUUGCCUUUUCAGCCUAUGCAUCGGUUGCCAUUCUAUUUGACUUUAUUCUUCAAGUAACAGCAUUUUCAGCACUACUCAUACUUGACACUCAGCGAUAUCAGAAUCGUCGCGUCGACUGUAUCCCAUGUCUGUCAUUACAAGAUGGAGAAAAUUCAGAUGACGAUGAACCAGACCUAAACCGAGAUGAAAAGGUUCCACUCAUGUUUGAUGAAGACUUUUCUCUAAACACUCAAUACAUUCCAGUGUACAAGAAAAAAGAUAGUCUUUUGAAAACACUUUUUAAACAUUAUUAUGCUCCAUUUAUAAUGAAUCCAAUUGUAAAAGUUGGUGCAGUCAUUAUAUUUAUUGGUGCAUUUUUAAUUGCCUUGUCAUUGUCGUUUAGUUUGACAUUGGGUCUAGAUCAACGUGUCGCCCUUCCAAGUGAUAGUUAUCUUCAACAAUAUUUUAGUCAAAUGGCUGAAUACCUAGAGGUUGGACCACCAUUUUAUAUUGUUGUCAAGGGAAACUAUAAUUAUACCGAUUUCUCCAGUCAAAAUGCUCUAUGUACCAUUCAAAAUUGUACAGAUAGCUCUGUAUCGAAUAUAUUCAACAAUGCUCCAUUUGUCCACCCAGGUAUUAGUUCAUGGUUGGAUGAUUACUUGUUAUGGUCUGCCAAUCCAGAUUGUUGUGGAUUCAUGCCAGAUUCAACACCAUGUGAUCCAAGUAUACCAGAUUCCAAUUGCACAGCAUGUUUUACAUUGAAUGACAAGGAUCGUCCACCACCAGAACAAUUUGUAAAAUACCUUCCAACCUUUUUCAACUUUACAGUUAGUGGUAGUUGUCCAUCAACAGGUCUUGCCUAUGCACAAGAUUUAAAUAUUCAAAAUGGUACCACUAUUGUAGCAUCUCGUCUUGAUGGUUAUCAUUCAACACUUCGUACUCAAAAUGAUUUCAUCAAUGCAAUCAAGGCUGCCUAUUAUUUGGCAGAUCAUUUUACAUCUCAAGGAUUACCAGUAUUUGUCUAUUCUGUAUUUUAUGUCUAUUUUGAACAAUAUUUGACCAUUCAAAAAAUAGCAGUUAUGGAUAUUGGUCUUGCAUUGGCUGGUGUAUUUAUAGUAUGUCUAUUACUACUCACAAAUCCAAUGAUAUCACUUUUGGUUGUAAUAUGUGUUGGUAUGGUUUCAAUAGAUUUACUUGGUGUCAUGUACCUCUGGAACGUCAGUCUCAAUGCAGUUUCAGUAGUCAAUGUUGUCAUGGCAAUUGGUAUAUCAAUAGAAUUUUGUGUACAUAUUGCUCAUGCAUUUAUUAGAGCACCUCCAACUCUUGACAAGUCUCAAAAAUCAAAAUAUGCUCUAAACCAAGUUGGUAGUUCAAUUGUUAGUGGUGUUUUAGUUUUAGCUUUUUCAAAUUCUGAAAUAUUUAGAGUUUAUUAUUUUAGAAUGUAUAUUUCAAUUGUUAUUCUUGGUGCAUUACAUGGAUUAGUACUUUUACCAAUUUUAUUAAGUUUCUUUGGAUUUGAUAUAUUCAACUUUUCAAAACUUUGUAGAAAUCGUAAUCCCUAUAGACCAGCUGAAGAAAUUGAUAUCAAUGUUGCUCAGUAA